AUGAGGGAAUGCCUUUCCAUUCACGUGGGCCAAGCUGGCAUCCAGAUUGGGGAUGCUUGCUGGGAAUUGUAUUGCCUGGAACACGGAAUUCAUCCAGAUGGUUUUAUUCUUGACAAUAGAAAGGAUCAGUUGGAAAUUGCUAAAACAGAGCAUAUGGAUGCCUCUUUCAAUACCUUCUUUUGCGAGACAAGAGCUGGGAAGCAUGUGCCCAGAGCACUCUUCAUUGACCUAGAGCCAACUGUUAUAGAUGGGAUUCGAACAGGCAAGCACCGCUCUCUCUUUCACCCAGAGCAGCUUGUUAGUGGGAAGGAGGAUGCUGCAAACAACUAUGCCCGAGGACACUACUCUCUGGGGUCAGAGAUCAUCAACCUUGUGCUAGAGAGAAUCCGAAAGCUGGCAGAACAGUGCAGUGGACUACAGGGAUUUUUGAUUUUCCGAAGCCUUGGAGGAGGCACUGGAUCGGGAUUUACAUCUCUCUUAAUGGAGCAUCUCUCAAUACAAUAUGGCAAGAAGACUAAAUUGGAGUUUUCUGUCUAUCCAGCUCCCAGGAUCUCCACUGCUGUAGUAGAACCCUAUAACUCCAUCCUCACCACCCAUUACACAUUAGAGCACUCGGACUGUACCUUCAUGGUGGACAAUGAGGCCCUCUAUGACAUAUGCCAUCACAAACUUGGUGUUGAUCGCCCCUCUUACACCAUCAUUAAUAGACUGAUAGGUCAGGCAGUAUCUUCCAUUACUGCUUCCCUCCGGUUUGAAGGGCCCUUGAAUGUGGACCUAAAUGAAUUCCAGACCAACCUGGUACCUUAUCCGAGAAUACAUUUCCCUAUGACAGCCUUAGCCCCCAUCAUUUCUGCUGACAAUGCCUACCACAAGGACUUCUCUGUGUCAGAUAUCACCACUGCUUGCUUUGAGGUCUCCAACCAGCUAGUCAAGUGUGAUCCUCGACUGGGGAAGUACAUGGCCUGCUGCCUACUCUAUAGAGGGGAUGUGGUCCCUAAGGAUGUCAAUGCAGCAAUUGCAGCCAUGAAGUCAAGGAACUCUGUUCAGUUUGUGGAUUGGUGUCCAACUGGUUUCAAGGUGGGCAUCAACAGCCAACCACCCAUGAUGAUGCCUGGGGGGGAAAUGGCCAAGGUCCAGCAGGCUGUCUGCAUGCUGAGCAACACCACAGCAGUUGUAGAGGCCUGGGCCCGCCUGAACCACAAGUUUGAUCUCAUGUAUGCCAAGAAGGCAUUUAUACAUUGGUACAUCAGAGAAGGCAUGGAAGAAGAGGAAUUUUCAGAGGCCAGGAGAGAUCUGGCAUCUCUGGAGAAGGAUUAUGAGGAGGUGGGGCAAAGUUUCUGA